AUGACCCUGGCCGGAACCUGCAGUCGGCGUGGAGUGUGUGAGGAUGAUGCAGAUGCCAGGGCUCACCAGGAGGCUUCGAAUGAGUCGGGCUUCACCGUCCUCUCCGCCCUGGGCACCGGCCGAUGCACGUGCUCGGCUCCCUUCUUUGGCCUUGGCUGCCGUGGGGGUGCUUGCCCUCCUGGACAGCGUUUGGACCGCAAUGCGCGAACGGAAGCCACGAGCGUGAAAUAUCCCAGUUGGGAAGCCUGUGUGCCUUGCGAGCCAGGGCGCUACAAAAACCGCACGGGGAAUGAGGAGUGCUACAUUUGUCCUGUUGGCCUCAUCUCCUCCUCUUCCGGUGCCACCAGCUGUGAGCCUUGCCCGCCCGGCUUCUUCCCGACGUCCGACCGACAAAGCUGCCGCCGCUGCGAUGCCGGCUACGUGGCGGAGCCGGGCGACGGCAGCUGCACGCCCUGUCGGGCUGGCACUGCGCCGGAUGCGGACAAGGCUCGGUGUGCCACUUGCUCAUCUGGCCGUUUUGCCCUGGAGCGCUCGCCAGAGUGCAGUUAUUGUCCUGAAGGCUUUAUUCCCAAUGAGUUCAAAAGCGGUUGCGGGAUGUGCAGCGAUCAAAGCUUUGCAUUUGAGGGAGAUGACAGGUGCCAGACCUGUUUCUUUCCAUUGCUUGUGAUGGGCGUCGUGGAUUCAAACUUGUGCUCUCCAGUCUACAGCAUUGUGUUUCUGCUGGUUUUCCUGCUCUUGAUGAUGUUUGUCAUCUUAAUGUGCAGUUGUGCGCGCUUCUGGUCUUUCCGACGCCGUUUGGAUCGGCUGGUGCAAGCACAAAACUGGAAGGACUUGCAUUCCCUGCAGACCCAUUGUGCCUAUGGCUUUUGUAAAGGGAAGGUGCAGCGAGAGCUAGCAGCACGCAAGGAGCAGGUCAAGACUGAAUCACUCAAGCUUGGAGUCUCUUUGACGUAUGUCCUUGGGCGGUUCGAGACCGACUACGACGAAAGGGCAACAAACCAGGCAGUGACUUGGAAGUGGCACCAGGACGAUCAUUGCAAAUGUGAAUUCACCAAGAAUGGUUUCUUUUCCUUCAAGCGCACAGAGAACCCCGAUAUCAGUGAGGCUCAGCUGGAGGUGUUGUGGAGCCAGCUGCCAGAGUGUCCUCCUCCCGAAACUCCCAACUUCCACCAAGUGGCGAGCGUCCUGGCAUAUGGGCCUUGGGCCCUGGGCAAGGAUCUUUGGUGCCCUCGUGAUGGGGAGAGGGAUUGCAGCAUGGUGGAUGCACUGCGCCUAAACGAGAACAGUGCGAAGGCGAAUUGGUUUUUGUCAUGGGUUUGGAGCUACAAGCUCGAGGACGUCAAGAAGGCCUUGAAUAGAUGGUUCGAGAGACAUACAACAGUGACCGAAGAAAGGGACAGCGAGAUCUACAUUUGGUGGUGCAUGUUCGUGAACAACCAGUUCAGAAUGUUGGAGCACAACAAUCAAGCCCUGGAGCCCGAAAAGCUCUUUAGCAUUUUUGGUGAGCAGUUGAAAGGCAUCGGGAAGAUGCUGAUGUGCUUCGACAAGCUCAAAGAAUGUGCGUAUCCCAAGCGCAUCUGGUGUAUCUUCGAGGUCUUUACAGCUACCCACUCGAGUAUUCCGACCACGGUGAUCUUACCCGACGUCGCCGGUGCGGACGUGAGCACCUUGCAGGACUUGACGCAGGUGUGUCACGUGGACGCAGAGAAGGCCACGGCAACUGUAGAAACUGACGCGGUGACCAUCAAGGAGCACAUCAUAAAGAAGCAAAAAGGCUACGAGCACGUGAACCAGAAAGUGGAGAAGGAACUUUUGGCCGAAGUCAUCCACUACCUCGAGGCCCAGCGCGCCCCUGUGGCACCUACCGUGGCACCUACUGCGCGUGCCGCUCACACGACGUCCGCAGCUUCUGCCGCUUCUGCCGCGAGGGGCGCAUCGGAAUCCACGGAUGAGCUUGUGAAACCUCCAAGUUGGACACAGUGCAACCUGCAGUGA